UACUAUUUUCAUUCCCAUUUGGUCCUUUGAUCACUGCAGUUGAUCAGAACAGUUUAUCUAGGUGAAAAAUUAUUCAAAAUGGUUCAAAAUAAAUUAUCGUUGCAAAAGUUAGGACUUUGUGUUUUUAUUUUUGCAACAAGUAUUUCUCCAACCGUGCAAGUCUCUUUAGAUGAGUUUUUGGCAUUGACAUACGAGCAAAAAUUAAAGUUAGAUGUGUUUCGCGACCGCGUCACCCCAUAUCUGCCCCAUGAGUACAUGAAGAAAGACGUGUUUCUAAUUAGAUGGCUGAGAGACAGAGAGUUCAACAUUGCAGAAGCAGAGAAGCGACUAUUGAGUCAUGUUGAGUGGCGUGAAGAAAACGAUAUUGACAGCGUUCUAGACGAAGACUGGGCAGAUUUUGAACACGAAUACAAAGCAUAUAUUGAAGGAUGCGAUAAGGAAGGAAAGCCAAUUAUCUCGGUGUUUGUUGGAGAUUGGGACAUUCGUCGAGCCGUUGUUUCUGGUAAAUCGAAGAGACUAAUGCGCUACUUCGACAGAAUCUUUGAGCUGGCAUCAAAGGCUCUGCGAGAUAUGCAGAACGACGGUCAAAACGUGACCCAAGCAACCUUACUUUUCGACAUGGGUAAUUUUAAUCUGGUACUUCAAGGUUGCCCACGAUGUAUUCCAAUUUAUCUCUACAUUCUCUCGGUGUAUGAAAGACAGUACCCUGGCUUGGCUCACAGGCUGGUAUCAUUAAACACUCCUCAAAUUGCCUUACCACUCUGGGACAUUUACAAACACAUUCUAACUCCGCAGACGAGAAAUAUUUUAUUCAUUUAUGGCAAGGACAAGAAGGACUGGCAGCGCAUACUUCUAAAGGAAAUUGAUAAGGACCAACUGUCCAGGAAACUUGGUGGAACCAAAGAAGAUAAUGCGGUUGAUGUCUUUGAAUAUUUACGAAAUGUAAAUGUUUUCAGGUGUGAAAAUUUAUAAAAAAAAGUGUUUGUGAAAAAGUUUGAUUCCUAAAACUAAAGGGAAAAAUUCAAUCAAUGAUGUCAAAAUGUUCCUGUUAGAAAUUUAAUAGUACCAAUAACACGGUAUAGCAAUUACUAUAAUAUGCUAUUUGACUUUUCACAAGCAAUGCAAUCAAUUCAUUUUUAAUAAUUUAGUCAUUAAAUAUUUAAAUUGCGUUCAUUAGUACUUCCUACCGUAACGAAAUGGAAGUUAAAUAAAGAUCUUAUCUGAAGUUUAUCAGUGCUAAUUUUAUGUCAUAUGCUAUUUCAUGGAUUUUUGUAUGAAUUUGGUGAAAACUGAGGAGCAAAGUUGAAAGCAAAAAAUAAAUUAAGUACUUAAUCAA